UUUAUUUUGGCUGAGACGCGCGAGCCUUAGUGGUUAUGCAGCAGCUGGGGCAAAGAAGCAUGGCCAAUUUUCGUCUAGCACUCAUCCAGCUUCACGUGUCUGCUGUCAAAACAGAGAACCUGAACCGAGCUUGUGGGCUUGUGAGAACUGCAGCAGAACAAGGAGCAAAACUUGUCGUUCUGCCAGAAUGCUUCAACUCUCCCUAUGGCACAAAAUACUUUCCAGAACACGCAGAGAAAAUUCCUGGGGACUCCACACAGAGACUUUCCGAAAUUGCAAAGGAGUGUGGCAUAUACCUCAUUGGAGGCUCUAUUCCAGAGGACGAUGCUGGGAAGUUGUAUAACACAUGUGCAGUUUUUGGUCCAGAUGGUGCUAUGUUAGCCAAGUAUAGAAAGAUUCAUUUGUUUGACAUUAACGUGCCUGGGAAAAUCCGGUUUCAGGAAUCAGAAACACUGAGUCCCGGUGACAGGUUCUCUGUGUUUAAUACUCCAUACUGUAAAAUAGGACUCGGAAUCUGCUAUGAUAUGCGCUUUGCUGAGCUUGCUCAAAUCUACUCACAGAAAGGUUGCCAGCUCUUGGUUUAUCCGGGGGCUUUUAACUUAACAACUGGGCCAGCCCACUGGGAAUUGCUGCAAAGAGGACGCAGAGCCGUUGAUAACCAAGUCUAUGUGGCAACUGCAUCUCCUGCUAGGGAUGAGAAGGCAUCUUACGUGGCUUGGGGACAUAGCACUGUAGUAAAUCCAUGGGGGGAGGUCAUAGCCAAAGCUGGCACAGAGGAAACAGUAAUCUAUGCAGAUAUAGACCUAAAGAAGCUUGCAGAAGUUCGUCAGCAAAUUCCCAUUCUUUCCCAGAAACGGUCUGACCUUUAUGCUGUACAAGCAAAAACUGCAUGAUGUCUGGUGACUUGGACCAGUAUGCCACCAACCUUUUCCUAUCUUUAGGAUGUCUAAACGUGCAUAGGAUUACACCCAGUUUAUAUUUAGUCAAGUGAAGUAAAAUAUGAAGUAACUUUAAUAUAAGAAACUAGUACGCCAAGCUUUUAGAUAAUUGGCUUAAUUUUUAUAUAAAAUGUGAGAGGUUUAUCCAAGUGUUAUAGGCCUUUGGAUAUGUUAGCCAUUUCACAAUGUAUGUAAAAGUGAUUAAUUUGCCACCAUAGCAGUGCCUUAUAUAUCAAUGAAAUUCUUUGAGAAAGUAAAAUAAUGAAUGAACUAUUAUGCUUCAACAUAUCAUCCAUUUGGGGCAAUACAUUCUGACCUUAUUUUAAAAAGGUAGGAACAUUUUCGGUUUUGUUCCUGUGUGUUGUUUUGCUAUGCAUCUUCAUUUUGUCACAUUUCCCAAGGUGGUUAAUAAUAUAAACCAAUUACAAAACCAAUAAAAUCCAUAUAUUAACCCUAUAUCUAUAGUAGAUCAUCAAAAUGGAGUCCUCCCAUGUACGAGAGGACUCCUUAAUUAUUUUUUUGUUUUGCAAUUUGUCUAGCAGUGGCAGAGAUUAGUAUGGCAUGGCUAGGUAAUACAUUCCACUACAGAUUCUUAGGUAAUGGAAUUGACUUUUUUCUAUAAACGCUGUAUUCGGUGCUGUAUGAUAUUCUGGGCUGUUGCUGCAAUGUCUUCAGAAAACAGCAUACAAGGAAAGAUUAGGAUGAAGACAAUGUGGAAUCGGAAUUUGUGCACCAACAUCUGUUAUAUUUGCCUACUUCAUGUAUCAAUUGAUUGGCUGUCAUCAAACAGUAAAUUACAAAUAUCCCAAGAUAUCAAUGUGCUAUCUAUUCACAGCAGUCACAUUUAACUAUGCAAAGCAUUAAAAAUCCUCCAGUGUAAGAUAUGUAAGCUGUCAGAAUGAAGAACGGCUAUUAAGAAGACACAGUUAAUGCAGAGUGAGUCAAAGUGGAUCUAAAAGACCAUGGGACCAUCACCCAGCUCUAAAUAUACUUUCCUCCAAACAGACUUUUUGCUUCUGGAAUAAAACUGCACAUUUACUUCCACAGCUGAAGUAUGGAAGUAAAAAAAAAAAACCACCCCAGAAGUGCUCUGCCCCAGGAAAGUACUGAACUUGUGAGGGACUACCACCGUUCAUUACCAGCAAUAUUUUAUUUUUCUCUUCAUUUUGCUAGAUAAGCAAAUAUGUUGCACACAUUACGAAAAGAAGCAAAAAACAAGAGAUAAGGUAAAAGGAAAUUUAUUUAAAAUAUUUUUUAAAAAACAAACAGUUCAGGUAUUCAGUGUCAGAUGCCUUAGUUUGAGUCACCGUUCUUGUCUAUUUUAAAUUGCCUACUAUACACAAGCAGCAUACUAUCUCUCUGGACCAGAAUCUUAAGUUUUAAUAACCACUACCUUAGCUUUAUUUUCAAACUAUGUUGGACUUGGGUGAAAAGACAUUCUCUUCCAACACCUUCCCUCCCUCCCUUUUCACAA